AUGGGUGGCAGAGAUCGCCAAGAUGAACUUGAAGUGUUGGAAAUCACGGCUUCUUGCUCCAAGUCAGAGAUCGUCGCACCAUCCACAAUCGACGAAACGGAGCCGAUUCAGCCCGGCCGACAUCCGCAGCGGUGCGCAAUUCCCAGCGUCGCUGCCCUGUCUGUCUCCGUUCCGUUUUCUUUGGCCUCGCUCGGCCCGCCUGGCACCAGCGCCACCGCCUACUGCCUGCCACUGCCAGUGCCAGAGCAGCCAGGCACCGCACCGCAGCGCAAGCGCAAGCAAGCGCAGCGCGCGCGCCGGCUCCAUCGCAACUCCCGGCCUUCCCCCAUCCCGGACCGAAAGCAUCCCCUACUGCUCGAGGAUCGGGCUCCACCCGCCUGCCCGACGGACGCCAUGUCCGACGAGGACUUCUCGGUCGGCGGCGGCGCGAAUGGCAACCACAGCCCCAACCUCGUCCGCCAGUCGGGCAAGCACCGCGGCCCGCGCUUCAGCUGGAACCUCUCGUACGAAGCCACCUUCUUCCGCUCCCUCUGCGACUCGGUGCACCUCGGCCUGCGCGAGGGCAGCACCUUCAAGGUCGAGGCCUGGGACCGCGCCACCCAGGCCCUCAUCGAUCGCCACAACGCCUAUGCCAACAAGGGCCAUCUCAUCAACAAGAGCGACAACGCCCGCAAGAAGUUCCGCUUGUGGCGCGGCCUAAGGGAGGACCCCGAGUUUAUCUACAACCCCCAGAACAAGACGGUGUCGGCGAGCGAAGAUGCCUGGAAGAGACACAUCGAGAGAGAGCCCCUGUCGCGCUCCCUUCGCGGCCGCCCCUUCGAGCACGAAGACUUUUACGAAAUUCUGUUUCCCGACGUCAUUGGCUCCGGCGGAGCUCCGAAGCGCCUUACGAAGCCUCGCAGGACUGACACCCAUGAUGCUAGAGCCUCGGAAGAGCAAGACGCCCCCGGCACUGGCAUCAUGGAUCUCCUGUCCUAUCCAAACCCAGCCCCACCGCAACUUCCUCCACCACCACCACCACAACAACAACAACAACCGCCGCCGCCGCCGCCGCCGCCGCCCGUCCAGCAACAGCCCGUCGUUAACAUACCUGCGCCCGCUCCUCCUCCGUUGACUCAACAACACCCUCGCCCUAAUACCAACAGCUUGCAAGCCCGCGCCGCCUCCAUGGCCCCCGGCACUGCGCUCACACCCCCCGAAGACAACGUCAUGCAGCCGCGCAAGCGGUUCCAGGCCACUGACCCGGCAAGCCAGCCCGAGAAGCGGCGGCGCACCGCUGCCCCGGGCUACCUCGACUUGCCACAAGCACAAGGAAGCGCGGGCGGCCCCUCCCCUGCGACCGGCGCCGCUUCUUCGGCGGGUACUGGUACGAGCACGGGCAUGGGCACAGCCACAGGCGUGGGCACUAGCACGGGCACGGGCACGGGCACUGCCGCUGCGACGGUUGCCGGCACGUCGACGGCUUUGGACGGCAUCCAGGCGCUUGCCGACGCGCUGCGGACCGCCCGCGUGCGGCCGGGCUGGUCCGAGCAGGCCAUGGACAUCUUCUUCCGCGACUUCUCGGACGAGGACAUGGACCUGCAGCUCAAGAUUGCCGAGAAGGCCCUCACCGACGAGAACAAGGCCAUGGUCUUCUGCAAGAUGACCCUGGCCCUGCGCAAGCACUGGGUUAAGCGCCUUAGGGAGGUGCACAACCGCGGAGUUGCAUAG